GAACAUUUCCGGACUACUUCCGUCCAAUGAGAGUAGUCCACAUACUGAACAUGCAAGGGGCAGUGUUGAGGCACUUUUGAACAAAACAGAUGAGCACUACAACUGAAGCUGAGACGAUAGACCAACGCAAACCGAGGGUAGCGCAAGGAUUGGACUGGGUGAAUGCAGCCCUCAACAGUGGCGAUUGCGGCAUUCUUUUCCACCAUUUUUGGGGAGAUAAGAGGACACCCAAAGUAACGUCAACAUUCGUCGAAGGGUCAUGUUUCGUUCCAAUUAGCUCGUUCAUAAGGCUAACAAUUUACUAUUCGUAUCAUCAGGCAGUUAUCUGAAUGCAUAUUUCAUAGUUGGCAAGCUGUAUCUUUUUUCUUCUGAAAGUGUUGACUUUUAAAGAGACGGAGGCGGCUGAGUAACGUUAAACGAAAUACAACUGACAUAAGGAGCCGAUAGUCCACCAUGGAUAACGCUCACACAAAGAGUGUUGAAGAAGUUUAUAGCGAUUUUUCUGUCAACGAAAGCACAGGACUUGGUUUGGACCAGGUGAAACGUCAGAAGGAGAAAUGGGGCUCGAACGAGCUACCUGCUGAAGAAGGGAAGUCUCUAUGGGAGCUUGUUGUUGAACAGUUUGAAGAUUUACUUGUAAGAAUUCUUCUGCUGGCAGCUUGUAUAUCUUUUGUCUUGGCCUUAUUCGAGGAUGGAGAAGAAACAAUCACAGCGUUUGUGGAGCCUUUUGUAAUCUUACUCAUUCUUAUAGCCAAUGCCAUAGUGGGUGUGUGGCAGGAACGCAAUGCUGAGGAUGCCAUUGAAGCCCUUAAAGAGUACGAGCCUGAGAUGGGCAAGGUCUACCGCCAGGACAGGAAGACCGUUCAGAGGAUCAAGGCCAAAGAAAUCGUGCCUGGAGACAUCGUCGAGGUUGCUGUUGGAGACAAGGUUCCUGCAGACAUCCGUCUUACGUCCAUCAAAUCUACAACACUGAGAGUAGACCAGUCCAUCCUGACCGGCGAGUCGGUCUCUGUCAUCAAGCACACGGACCCAGUGCCUGACCCUCGAGCUGUCAACCAGGACAAGAAGAACAUGCUCUUCUCCGGCACCAACAUCUCGUCUGGCAAGGCUAUUGGUGUGGUGGUGGCCACGGGCGUGAACACUGAGAUUGGUAAGAUCCGUGAUGAGAUGGCAGCCACUGAGCAGGAGAAGACCCCCCUGCAGCAGAAGCUGGAUGAGUUCGGGGAGCAGCUGUCCAAGGUCAUCUCCCUGAUCUGCAUCGCUGUGUGGAUGAUUAACAUCGGCCACUUCAACGACCCCGUCCACGGAGGCUCCUGGAUCCGCGGCGCCGUCUACUACUUCAAGAUCGCCGUGGCCCUGGCCGUGGCCGCCAUCCCCGAGGGUCUGCCUGCUGUCAUCACCACCUGCCUGGCCCUGGGCACCCGCCGCAUGGCCAAGAAGAACGCCAUCGUCCGCAGCCUGCCCUCUGUGGAGACCCUGGGCUGCACCUCUGUCAUCUGCUCCGACAAGACCGGCACCCUCACCACCAACCAGAUGUCUGUCUGCAGGAUGUUCAUCAUUGACCAGGCCGAAGGGAACAGCUGCUCUCUGAAUGAGUUCACCAUCACUGGCUCUACUUAUGCCCCUGAAGGAGAAGUGUACCAGGAUGGCAGACUAGUGAAGUCCUCUGCGUAUGAUGGUCUAGUGGAGAUUGCCACCAUCUGUGCCCUGUGCAAUGACUCCUCUCUGGACUUCAAUGAGGCCAAAGGUGUGUAUGAGAAGGUUGGCGAGGCUACAGAGACGGCUCUCACCUGCCUAGUGGAGAAGAUGAAUGCAUUUGACACCGAUGUCAAAGGCCUGACCAAGAUCGACAGGGCCAACGCCUGCAACUCUGUGAUCAUGCAACUGAUGAAGAAGGAAUUCACCCUGGAGUUCUCCAGAGACAGGAAGUCGAUGUCUGUGUACUGCACCCCCAACAAGGCCCGCUCCUCGCUUGGAAAGAUGUUUGUCAAGGGUGCCCCCGAGGGAGUUAUUGACAGAUGUACUCAUGUCAGAGUGGGCACCUGCAAGGUUGCCAUGACCCCGGGCAUCAAAGAGAAGAUCAUGUCUACAAUCCGUGGGUACGGGACGGGGCGUGACACCCUGCGCUGCCUGGCUCUGGCCACCCGGGACACCCCACCCAGGAAGGAGGACAUGGUGCUGGUCGAUUGUGCCCGCUUCGUUGAUUAUGAGUCUGACCUGACCUUUGUGGGCUGCGUUGGCAUGCUGGACCCUCCCAGGACCGAGGUGGCUGCCUCCAUCAAGCUGUGCCGCCUAGCCGGCAUCCGCGUCAUCAUGAUCACCGGCGACAACAAGGGCACUGCUGUGGCCAUCUGCCGCCGUAUCGGCAUCCUGGGUGAGGAAGACGACGUGGACAAAAUGGCGUUCACUGGCCGCGAGUUUGACGACCUGUCCCUUCAGGCCCAACGCGAUGCUGUUAUCAACGCCCGCUGCUUCGCCCGUGUCGAGCCCUCCCACAAGUCCAAGAUCGUUGAGUUCCUGCAGGCCAUGGACGAGAUCACAGCCAUGACUGGUGAUGGAGUGAACGAUGCUCCUGCCUUGAAGAAGGCAGAGAUUGGCAUCGCCAUGGGCUCUGGCACUGCCGUGGCCAAGUCAGCCUCUGAGAUGGUCCUGGCCGAUGACAACUUUUCUUCCAUCGUGGCGGCUGUGGAGGAGGGCAGGGCCAUCUAUAACAACAUGAAACAGUUCAUCCGCUACCUCAUCUCCUCCAACGUGGGAGAGGUCGUCUGUAUCUUCCUGACGGCUGCUCUGGGCUUCCCUGAGGCUCUGAUCCCCGUUCAGCUGCUGUGGGUCAACCUGGUGACAGAUGGUCUCCCUGCCACCGCACUGGGCUUCAACCCCCCCGACCUGGACAUCAUGAACAAGCCCCCCCGCAGUGCCAAGGAGCCCCUCAUCUCUGGAUGGCUCUUCUUCAGAUACCUGGCCAUCGGAUGCUAUGUGGGAGCUGCCACAGUGGGAGCCGCUACCUGGUGGUUCGUGGCUGCUGAGGAUGGCCCUAUGAUCUCUCUGUACCAGCUGAGCCACUUCCUGCAGUGUUCCCCUGACAACCCUGACUUCUCAGACCUGGAGUGUCAUGUGUUUGAGUCCCCCUACCCCAUGACCAUGGCCCUGUCUGUGCUUGUCACCAUUGAGAUGUGCAAUGCCCUUAACAGCCUGUCAGAGAACCAGUCCCUGCUGCGUAUGCCUCCCUGGGAGAACAUCUGGCUGCUGGGGGCCAUCUGCCUCUCCAUGUCCCUCCACUUCCUCAUCCUUUAUGUGGAGCCACUGCCUGUCAUCUUCCAGAUCACCCCUCUGGACCUGACCCAGUGGCUGGUGGUGCUGAAGAUCUCCCUGCCCGUCAUCCUGCUGGAUGAGCUCCUAAAGUUUGUGGCCAGGAACUACCUGGAACCCGGUAACCAGCCAGAGUCUAAGUCAGCCAGCAAAGGCUGGUCCCUCUCUGCAUGCACAGAGGGCAUCUCCUGGCCCUUUGUGGGCAUCACCCUCCCCCUGGUGCUGUGGCUCUACAGCAUCGACACUAACGUGUCUGCCCUGUUCUGGUCCUGACUACACCACACAACCCUCCCAGUGCACCAGUGUGAGUGGAGAUUAACACACGUCUAACAAAAUCCCCCAUUAACCAGGAUCAACUACAACAACCACAUCAACUGCAGUGAAAGCUCAAGUCAACAUUUGUACCUGUGUUGAUGACAGAUGUAAUCUGUGAGCCCUCUGCUGGUUCGUCUCCAGGACAUUUUUACCAUUCCGCUUUUGUUUUGUCAUUUGUCCAUGUCUUUAAUUUAAUAUCAAGCUUUUGGUUAUUUUUUUGCUCCCCAUUUUUUUGAACAGGCAUAAAAAAAUAUGCUAAUUAGGAGCUGUUUGUGUACAGAGAAUUAACACUAUUUUAUCAAAAUUAAGAUUUUUGUAGCUUUGGGAAGGCGUGGGGGGGGGCAGCCAGAUGGUGUAAGGGGAGUGCACAGAACUCAAACGUUUCUCUUGUUUUCAGUGUGAACUUUGACCUCUAAAGAACUUGUAGAUAAGUAUGCUGUGCCAUAACUGUAAGGACCAUCAUUUGCACUGAAUCAGAAGUUUGUACCAAAACUGCAUGUAUUCUGCCCAGGCAUGAAUAACGGGGAUUUCUUCACCAAAUUAAUGAUUGUUCGUUCCCCUGUUUGAGCUCCUCCAUUUGCUUUUUUUGUGUUUAUUUUCUGCUCUAGUCAGAGCACAGCUACCUCAAUGCUAUUGAUAUCACAAUUGAUUACUACCUGUGUUCCUCAGUAAGCUUUUCAUAAACAUUGUCAUAUUGAGUGUUGAGGUAUGCGCCAUUUCGCUUGUGAAUAAGGAAAUCUAGAGCCCUCAUUUGCCUUUUAUGUUGCUUUUUUAAAGUUUAAUCUGUGUUCUUUUGAUGUUCCUUGAGGGAGGUUAGGGUUAGGACAAAUAUAUAAUAUGUUACCUUAGUUCAAUUAAUUCAAAGCAGUUUUUUGUAAUAUAGACAAGCCUGUCGUUAAACACGUUUACUUGAACACAACAUAUUCUGUCUUUUAUUAAGGUUCACUUUUUUAAAUGUUUGGUCUUCAUUUAUGGACACUGUAGUGUCUUUAUUACAAUAAUUAUAUAGAUUAAGUAUUGUGCAUAUACUGUACUUGAAUAUGUAUAAACACACCAAGUGGUGGAUUUUCUUAUCAGUUGAGCACAAGAUGGAUGCUUUGAUGGGACUGUUGUGGUCAGCACUCCCUAUUGGGGUGGAUCACCAAGCAGAGACUGCUUUGGCCAUAGUAUGUAGGCCCAACGCUAAAAUGACUGGCUUGUAGAAGAGUCUGUACAUAUAACACAAAAUAGUAUCUAUGUGUAUAGAGUUUUAAAGAUGCUUCAUACCUUUUACACUAGUUGUACUUGAGCGUGUUUUAGAAACACUGUAGGUAAUAGGUAUUCCUAGAAAACAUGCUUUCCCCAAUACCAUGCCAGUAAACGCUUGAGUGUUCUUAAACCUAGCUGCUAUUUCUUCCAAUCAGUGGUGGAAAAAGUACCAAAUUGCCAUACUUGAGUAAAAGUAAAGAUUCCUUAAUAGAAAAGUGAAAGCCACUCAGUAAAAUACUACUUGAGUAAAAGUCUAAAAGUAUUUGAUUUUAAAUAUACUUACAUAUCAAAAGUAAAAGUAUGAAUCAUUUAAAAUGGCGUACUAAGCAAACCAGAUGGCACAAUUAUUUUUAUUUACAGAUAGCCAGGGUCACACUCCAACACUCAGACAUCAUUUACAAAUGAAGCGUUUGUGUUUAGUGAGUCUGCCAGAUCAGAGGCAGUAGGGUGUGUCAAUUGGACCAUUUUCUGUCCUACUAAGCUACCAAAACUUUAAUGAGUAUUUUGGGGUGUCGGGGAAAAUGUAUGGGGUAAAAAGUACAUAAUUUUCUUUAGGAAUGUAGUGAAGUAAAAGUUGUCAAAUAUAAAUAGUAAAGUACAGAUACCCCCCCCACACACACAAAAAUGACUUUAGUACUUUAAAGUAAUUUUGCACCACUGAAUGUCUUACUGCAUUUAUUCCUAUCUUUCUGUUUGCACGUGGCAUGGCCCUAGACAUGACUGUAGAAAAUGAAGCAGUAGAUGACCUAAUGGCUUUCUGUUCACCAUGCCUUUUUAAAUUCCCAGUGAGAGAGCCAUGUCUGUUUGCGUCUUUGCUUUUUUGACCUAUGCCUUGUUUCUGUCUGUCCUAUGAUUGAUUUGGUUUCUCCCUGUCUUUCUCUCUCCUCUCUCUGCAGCUAGUGCCGUGUAAGCCCGCUCCUCCUAUAAAUCCCUUGUAGGAACUGCUUUAGUGUUGUGCAUGUGUUUUGAGCAGCACCACAUCUUCCAAGACCUGCAUGUCAAUAAAGAAGAGCUAUCAAGACAUGAUUGAUACAUUUCAUAAGCAAUUACAUGACAAAAAAAGUAAUCAAAUGGUAUAUAUAUUUUAACUGAAUGGGUGUAAAUAUUUUUGGAAUCAAAUGAACCAAUCCCAGGUCCCUCCAUCCUUAGUAAAUGAAGAGCCAUAGGCUGCGUUUACACAUGACAGCCCAUUUCUGGUCUUUUGCCCAAGUAGUGGAAAAAUAUCAGAUUUAGGUUGCCUGUGUAAAUGCAGCCUUCAAACGAGAUACAGAGUUCCUAUGUUAUCUUAAUAUACCUAUUAUAGUUUUCUAUUAAUGUACACUAGUCCAUGAUGCAUGUCCUCUGAAGCAGCCAUUUUAUCAGAUGUGUAAUAAUUAAUGUAUUGAUAAAUUAAAUGAACAAUAGUACAAAUGUUAUCUUUUCCUAAGGAACUCUUUUUUGGGGGGGGGGGGGUGUGUAAAAUAACCAAAACAUGUUUGAAGCAGAUAUUGCGGUAUCUGGGAAGGCGGAGGUGUGGCGAUCCAUUACCCUGAAAGAAAGUCAGUCCCUUCAAUGGCACACACGCAUGCCAAACUAAUUUCAGAGCUGACGAUUGUAUUGUCACAUGACUUGUGGUUUCAGGUAAAUAAAGCAAUUCUACAUUA